AUGUCUCUCGUUAUUCCGGCAGGGGGUCUGGAGCUGGAGACGUCGGUCGACAAGAUGACCAGUCUCCCGCUCCAGGCUUUUGCCAUAACUUUAAGUGACGACAUGCUCGAGGAUCUGAUAGACAGCUUCCAAAAUGGCCAAGAGAUCGAGUUGUCCUUGGGGCAGUCACCGGCUUUCCUCUACGGCGGCAACACUCAACCUCUCAGUCGAGUUCCCGAGAAUUUCUCCUACGAUCUCUAUGUUACCGAUCCAAACUCGCCCGAUACAGCUAGCCUGGCACCCAAUCCGACGAUGCCACUAUUCAGGAAACCGCACCUCAACUAUGUCAAGAAGCCCAAGUACAUGCCAAAGGGCUUCGUUGACGAUGAUGAGACUCCGGAGCUGGGAGCUUUGGAGAUAAUCGAGAACCCGGAAAAGUCUCAGACGUCCUCACAGUCCAAGAGUUCUUCACUUCAGCCUCAGUCUGCGUUGAACAAGAAGUCUAAGCCGGCAACGACGGGGAAAAAGACGGUAGCUAGCAAUGCGAUAACCAUGUCAACACAAGCUCGCUCGCGUCCGACAAGUCCGGCAAUCAGUGCCGUUGGCUCCCCUCUUCCCGAAUCUUCGAUCGAAUCCUCGCAUCAGCAAAUCGUGAAGGAGGCCAAAGAGCUGCGUGCACCGCUCAUCCACGCUCUCGCUGUUCGGGAGAUGACAUAUGACGAACUCUGGGAGAAGUGGGGCAAGGGUCGUGACGAUGAUGAUUCCAGGCGGGAGUUCCGUAAUAUUCUGAACAAGGUCGCCGAACAGGUCAAGAACUCUAACAAGUACAUGAUGAAGAAGAACCACUGGAAGGAGCUGGAUGUCUGGAAUCACAAUUACGACUCUGAUUCGGACCGUCAAACCGCCAUAGACAAUGCUGUACGGCACUUUGACAAGAUGCGGAUUGGUGCCUCGGAGCCAGAGUGGCAGAAGCUUUUGCCGUUUGACGACCGUGGAAAGGGCAAGUGUCUGAGCAAGCUUCAGGCUUCGUUGGCCAGGGGCCCGAAAGGACUUACCGUUCACGUUCAGAAUGCAGACGAUACGAGCGGAGCUGGUUCCCCGGACACGGACAACCGCUCUAUCAGCGGGUCACAGCCCAUGUCCAGGUCGAGCUCACAAAACAAGCCCAAGAAGGCGGCUGAAAAGAAGCCAGCUGUGUCAGCUCCGAAAAAGCCGGCCGCCCCCAAGGUUUCUCCCUCCAAGCCCGCGGCCAAGCCCGCUGCCAAGACGGGAGCCAGAGGUCCGCUAUCAAAAGAAAUCAUCACCGAUUCUGACGAAUCCAGCGACGAGAUACCGCUUUCCCAGACAAAGAACACGGUCAAAAAACAAGCGACACCCGCGGUGAGGGCUCCCAAGCCUCCAGUGUCUGCACCAGUUUCAGGCCCUUCGUCGCUUCCCAAGAAACCCCCGCCACCUGCGGCACGCGAGCCAGUCAAGCCGCAGGUCACAGCAAAGCCGCAGAUGACAGCAAAACCGCCAGUCAAGAGACCGCGCGAGGAGGAGGACAGCAGUUCUAGCUCGGGCACGCCGCUAGCUAAGAAGUUCAAGGUGAAGGAGCCAGUGAGGGCACCAAAAGAGCCCAUCAGGGCACCGAAGGAACCAAUCAGGGCGCCCAAGGAAACUACUGUCAGGGCACCCAAGGAGGUCAUCCGUGCGCCCCGAGAGACAAAGUCGAUCAAGGAAACCAAGGCUGCACCUUUGCCUGUCAGCAAGCCCCGCCCGGCAGAUUUGAGCCAGAGCACGUCGAGGACCGGAAGCUCGAAUCUGUCGUCCAAUCGCUCAAAGAACACAUCACCGGCCAAGUCUUCGCCUCUUGCAUCGUCGCCUCCAACCAACGCGUCCGAUAUCGACCCGGCUGAGGAGGCCAUGAUUGCCAAUGCCAAUCGUAAACGCAAGGCUGACGCAUACUAUAAUGACUCGUCCUCGACCACGAGUAGCAGCAGCAGCAACGUGCAAACUUCAAGCAAGAAUUCGAUUAAGAAGCGCACACAUGACGAUGACGUGAGCGCAAGCAGACGAAGUACCAGUAGCAAGCUUACUCCGGAUGUUGUGGCUAAGGCACGCCGCUUCAAAGAGGCGUACUCGGAUUACGAGCGGCUGCAUUACGAGCUUUCGGGAAUGAACAACCCUGAGGAGAGCAAGCUUAAUGAGCUCAUGAACAUGCACCGCAGAUUGGAAAAGAUGAAAAAGGAGAUCUACUCAACCACAGGUGCUGCUUACAAUGGGGACCGUGAUCGUACUCAAAAGUCUGGAGAGCAGAAGCGGAGUAGCGCCGUGGCCAGCAGCCGCCGCGAGCGCGACGAGUACAGCGACUAUGGCCGGCAUUGA